GAAAGUUUUCCGAGGUGGCAUUCAGCAACGACUACGUGCAGCUGGAGCCGACAGACCUGCUCCUUACCAAGAGGGAAUCGCUACAGAUUCUGAGUCAGAUGGUGACGAGGAUGAUGGUGGUGAUGAUGGUGGGCCCCCAGACCAUGAUCCAGAUCUCAUGAAGUCGCUGUGUCCCAAGAGCUGUUUGGGUCGCGAGCUGUUGGAGCUUUUCGCAUGGGGCAACAUGAGCCCACAGCUUCUGCAGAAGUUGGCCGAUGCGGCCAGGAAAGACAUGGUUACAACUCUGGAAGAAGAGCACGGUGUUUCUGCGAGUGCAGCGGCUUCCCCUUCUUGCCUUCAGGAGCUUACAAUGCUGGCAUCCAUCGGCUCCUUUGGAAAGUUCAGCAACAAAUGCUACAGCGAUCUUAUGAGGAAAGUGGAGCCGAGAAUGUGCAUGGCUGAGACCUACAAGGCCAAGCUCUGCUUCGCGAACCCUCCCGGUGAACAUACACAAGAGCUGCUGUUGCCUCACGAGCUGUUCGCUUGUAUGUACGAAGAUCAUGGAGAAGCUUUUGUUCGCAACGUUUGCGGCGACGAGGAAACACGUCUGGGUUUCUGGGAUCGUAUGCGAACGGUUCCUCACCCGGCUUGGGAGGGACACCCGGUACAGACUCGCGACCUGAAGGGGGCGAUCCCCAUCGCCGUUCACGGCGACGAAGUGCCCAUUGCGGGCAUCGGGAAGCAGUGGAGCAAAAAACUGCUAAAUGUGUCGUGGUCGAGUUUGUUGGGCGAGAGCUCCACCAAGUCGACACAAUACUGGUGCUUCGGACUGAUCGAGAAAACUGGUAUCAAGGAGGGACCCAAAGCUACCAUGCAGCAGCUGUGGAAGAUUUUUGCAUGGUCUUUAACUGCACUUUGGCUUGGGUACUGGCCGACGAGAGACCACGAGGGCCGAAGGUUUCCAGCUGGCUCCAUCCAGGCCGAGCGAGCCGGGCAAGCACUUGCAGGUGGUUUUUAUGGUGUGCUCUGGUCCCUCAUCGGAGAUCUCGAUUAUUUCACACAGAUUUUGCAGCUGCCCAACUACAACAAUGCCACAAUGCCAUGCCCGCUGUGCAGAGCAAGCUUAUCUGGAAACCUGACGUGGUCUAACUUCAGCUCCACGGCGCCAUGGAGGGCAACCAUGUGGCGACCGCACACAUGGCAUUUGUGGCCAGAUCGCUCCCGGAACCCGGUCUUUUCGAUACCGGGUGUAUCAUCGCUGCAAAUUGCUUUGGACUACAUGCACUCCAAGUAUUUGGGGACGGACCAAUUUCAGUUUGGGUCCGUCUUAUCCCUCCUUGUCUACGACGUGAUGGACGAGGGAAGUCCAGAGCUGAACCUCGCCGCUUGCUGGCGGUUCAUGCGGGAGUAUUACAGAAUCCAUCAAACUGCUGUGAGAUUCAGGUCCAUGAGCCGCUUGACAAUGUUCACUCGGCGGAGCGGCGGCCCGAAGCUAAGGGGGAAGGCAGCUGAGAUUCGAUAUUUCGGCGAGGUCCUUUUGGCAUUGUGGACAACAUAUUGCAACGACGAGCUGCUGGUUCACAAGCAGGUCACACUCCUCUUGAAAAGGAACGUCUUCAUGGAAAGGAUGAUAACCGAGCACCAGUCGGACCUUUUUUUGGAUGAUGGCCCAGCUGCUCUGUUUCAACAGGCAUGUGCCGAUAUGCUGGUGCUUCACGGCGAGCUGGCUUUGCACUUCUCUGCGGAGGGGAUGCAGUACUUUGCUUUGACCAGCAAGGCCCACAUGUUGCAACAUGCUUGUGAUCUCUCCCGUUGCCUCUCGCCCAGAACAGUAUGGUGUUUUAUUGGAGAAGACCUCCAACAAAAACUACAACGAGUGGCUUCGAUGAGUCUCAAGGGGAAUGUGGGGCCAAAUGCGAUCAACAAGAUGUUUCGUCGCUAUCGCCUGGGUCUGAACUUGAUCUUCGAGGCAAGCUCGUGA